UAUUUGUUUCCAUGACUAUAAAAGAGCUUUCAUGAUUCUAAUUAUCUAAGAAACAGGACAAACAUGGUUGUGAGGAAAAGAGAUUUUCUUUUUUCUUCCCUGCGCAAACUUCUUGUGGUUCUCUGUCUGUUCAUUUCUUUUCGUUCUUCUGUUCAUUCUGAAUGCAUAAAAAAACCAGUGAUCUUCGUCUUCGGGGACUCUAAUUCUGACACCGGAGGUUACUCAUUCGGACUGGGCUUCAAUUUUGGACCUCCUCAUGGACGUACAUAUUUCAAUCAACCAUCUGGCCGUUUAUGUGAUGGACGGUUGAUCAUUGAUUUCCUUUGUGAAAGUUUAAAUACUAAUUAUUUGACCCCAUAUCUGGAAUCUCUGGGGCCAAAUUUUAGUAAUGGAGUUAAUUUUGCUAUAUGUGGUGCAGCAACUUUACCCAGAUAUACACCUCUCCAGCUAGGCGGUCAAAUGCUUCAGUUUUCGAGGUUCCGUUCCCUCUCCCCUCAGCUUAUAUCGAAAGGUUACAAAAAUAUGGUAAGUGAGGAGGACUUCAAGAAAGCACUUUACAUAUUUGACAUUGGACAGAAUGAUUUGGCUGGUGCAUUCGGCUAUCUCUCAUACGAACAAGUCUUAGAGAAGAUUCCAUCUUUCAUUGCCGAAAUCAAAUUUGCUAUUUCGAGUAUAUACCAACAAGGUGGGAAGAAUUUCUGGGUCCAUAAUACUGGACCACUGGGCUGCUUGCCACAAAAACUUGCUACAACUGCCAAAAAGGCUAGUGAUCAUUUAGACGAGUAUGGAUGCAUUCAGUCCUUAAAUAAUGCUGCAAAUGCAUUUAAUAUACAAUUGAGCGCCUUGUGUGAAAAACUCAGAUCAGAGAUGAAGAAUGCAACCAUUGUUUAUGUUGAUAUAUAUGCUAUUAAACUUGAUCUGAUAGCCAAUUUUACCAAAUAUGGUUUUGAGAAUCCUUUAAUGGCCUGCUGUGGGUAUGGUGGGAUGCCGUACAACUACAAUCCAAAUAUAAGUUGCAGCCAAACCGGUGCCAACGUAUAUAACCAAGGAUCUCAAUACGUAAGCUGGGAUGGAGUUCAUUACACAGAAGCAGCAAACUCAAAUUUUGCCUCCAAAAUACUAUCUACCAUUUACUCUACUCCUCAAAUUAAGUUUGAUUUCUUUUGUAAUUAAGUUUACUUGAUAAGCAAAUAUCUAGAAACACGUGAUAUAUAAUUAGUCUUUCCAAUUUUCCUCUAUAUAUUGGAAGAUUCUUUUUGGUCUGUGGACUAUAUUAAUUAAACUUGACCUCAAGUUACAUGUAUGCGGUCAAUUUGAUUUCAUAAUAGUAGUUGGCAUGGAAAGUACAAUUUGGAAAAAAAAUGUCUCCCCAUAGAGUUGCCUUGGACAAGUUUUGAGAUUCAUCUUAAAGAUAAUGAAAAAGAAGCCAGGCUUGACUUCUGAGUGGAUUUAGAUAAGCAGACAGAAAGUCAUUGCCAGCAAAUUUAUGCAGUAAUCUAUUUAGGUCAAAAUUAUCUAAAGCUAAAUUUACGGAUGCAGAUCUCAAGCAAUCUUGAAAUGGGAAGCCAGCACUGGUGUUGG